UGUGACAAGUGAUGUUUUGACGUAAACGUAAAUUUAGAGGUUAUAUAAAAUAGGACUUGUUUUGUGCUUAUUUCUUGCUUAUAUAAUACACAUUACAAUUUUAAUUGUUAAAUCUUAUGAGUGUACUGAAAAUCUGAUUCAAUGAGAAUAGGCUGGGUGCACAAGUUGGUAAACAAAUGGCCGGGCAAAAGUAUAUUUGGAAUGUAUAGAUUCCUGCCAAUGUUUUUCGUACUUGGAGCUGCUUUGGAGUUUUCUAUGAUUAACUGGAAGGUUGGGGAAGUUAAUUUUUAUAACACGUUCAAGAGACGUCAAGCUCACGAAAUAGUUGAAGAAAAGAUAAAGAAAUACACAGUUGCAUAAGAUGCCGGCCGGAGUGACUUGGGGUCAGUACAUUGCCUUUUCAUCGGCGGCUAUGCUGUCUAUGCUAGCAGGAUCGCAGAUUGUACAUCAGUACUACAAACCAUUACGGGAUCUAAAUGAGUACAUUAACAAGGAGCUUAGGAGCCUGCCGGAUAAUGUUCAAGUUAAAAUUAGACAAGAAUUGCAGGAUGAAGGUAUAUUAAAUAAAACUUAGGAGUUAUAUUAUUUAUCAUGUGUAAGUAAAUAAAAUUGUUAAUCACAA